AUGCUCGAUGAUAAAGCGACCGCACGCUCGACGAUUGUCGAUAUCCCAGUAGAUGUUCCAAAGCAAUACCUACCGGAGGGACUCCCCGACGGAAUAACACUCCUAUCCCCCGACAAGCUCGAUCAUCGAACGGACGCGGAGAUCGCGGCAUGGCUCCAGAAGCGCCAUCCCGUAACUUCGGAAAAGAACAUCUGGGGGUUCUGGCAUAAUGGUUUCGCCAACAUGAAGCCCUGGACACAGCGGAAUGUCAUCAACUGGGUCCGCCGCUUGGGCCCCGAGUGGAACGUCCACAUUGUUGACCGACUAGACGGCUCAGAGACCAACGUCUUGAACUACGUCGAGGAGUCGUACUUUCCGAAGACGUUCCUUGAGGGCACAAUGGAUGGCCACAAGGCUCACAUGGGAGACUUGGUUCGUUUGCCAUUACUCUGGAAAUACGGAGGCGUGUGGAUGGACGUGGGCCUCAUCCUGCUGCGGCACGUUGACGACAUCUGCUGGAAGCGCAUCGAGGAUCCGGAGUCGCCCUACGAACUGAGCGCCGUGGCAUUGAUGCACUUGCCGGGCACCUACACCCCUCUCAACGGAUUCCUAGGCACCAAAAGCGGCAAUCCAUUCAUCAAGAGGUGGCACGACGUCUAUCUCGCGCUGUGGGAAGACGGGGUUACCAACGCAACGGGAUUUCAUAAGCAUCCCUUGCUCCGACAUCUGCCUCUGUUCAAGCCUGACAUGUCCACGGUCAACCUGGAGGACGACGUCAACUUUGACCCCGAGUUCUUCUCCGACUACGUGGCUCAUUAUCUGUGUGGGGAGCGCAUCCGCAAACUCGUUGAUCCCAACGACGGCUUCAACGGUCCCGAAUGGUACGACAAGCACAUGCUCAUAUUUGAUGCGGCGGACGAGAUGCUGUAUGCCCAGAUCAUUACGAAAUGGGACGUGGAGAAGCAGUUCCGGCUUCUAUCUCUGAAGCGCUCCGGAGAGGGCGCGGUUGUUAAUGAGGAGUGGCAUGAAGCUGAGGAGUUUGUGAAUACUCUGCUGGCGAAGACGGCCAUGCUCAAGUUCCCGCAUGGACCGGGUGGUGAGGGGUUGAAGGUGAAAAUGCUGGCGGACUUGUGGGAUGCGGAUGAGAAUCGGGACAAGGACCAUGAGGAGGGGACGUUUGCCGCAUAUUUGCGGUACGGGUCGGUGCAUUUUGAUCAGACGAGGGAGGUGAAGAAGCUCGAGUGGCAGAAUCCGAAGGAGGAAACUUUUACGGUUGGAUAUUUGGAGCCUGUGCAGCAGUAA